GGUGAGUGCGCGUGCCUGGGCCGCUCCGCCGCCCGCGCCCGUGGGCCCGCUCUGCCGCGUUCCCCGGCUGACCCGUGUCCUCCUUUCCCUCACCCUCAGGUGGACCCGCCACCAAGAUGCAGAUUUUCGUGAAAACUCUCACGGGGAAGACGAUUACCCUCGAGGUUGAACCCUCGGAUACAAUCGAAAAUGUAAAGGCCAAGAUCCAGGAUAAGGAAGGAAUUCCUCCUGAUCAGCAGAGACUAAUCUUUGCUGGCAAACAACUGGAAGAUGGACGAACUUUGUCUGACUACAACAUUCAGAAGGAGUCCACUCUUCAUCUUGUCCUGAGACUGCGUGGUGGUGCUAAGAAAAGAAAGAAGAAGUCUUACACCACUCCCAAGAAAAAUAAACAUAAGAGAAAGAAGGUUAAGCUGGCUGUCCUGAAAUAUUAUAAGGUGGAUGAGAAUGGCAAAAUCAGUCGCCUUCGUCGGGAGUGCCCAUCCGAUGAAUGUGGUGCUGGAGUUUUUAUGGCCAGCCACUUUGACAGACAUUAUUGUGGCAAAUGUUGUCUGACCUAUUGUUUCAACAAACCAGAAGACAAGUAAUUGUGUAUGGCUUCAUAAUAAAUGACAUUACAAUUUAAUGGCUGGGUUUUAUUCCAUUAAUUGAAGGGUUGUAUUUAAGCAUCAAAUUGACGAUUUAACACCAGUUUUCUAGAUAAUAGGCCAAUUUGUAUUUUUUAACAUUGUGAGCCAGAUAAUUGUUAUGGGGUCUGUCCUGUGCAUCAUAGGAAAAUGAACAUAAUCCCUGGUUGACACAUUUCAUGCCAGUAAUAAACCACCCCACCCUGAGAAAUCACUGACAUGUGUGAACUAGUGUUAAUUACUUCAUACACAAGGGAUUGAAAUAAAGAGUGCUUAAUUUA